AUGGCACCCGUCAGCAUUGACCCAGAGAGACAGGAGACUUGCGACAAAAAUGAUGGCAAGACAUUCCAUGAGAAUAUUCCGGCGGAUGAAGCCCUCGCUCAGUACUCGGAUGCGCAAAGAGCCAAGGCGUUCCAAAAGCUGGAUUGGAAUUUGAUCCCUCUGCUGGGUGUACUCUACAUGCUUUCAUACAUUGACAGAGGCAACGUUGGAAACGCAUAUACGGCCGGUAUGGGUAAGGAAUGGGGCAUUACAUCAAACCAGUACUCUUGGAUCAUCACAGCAUACUACCUGGCAUAUAUCGCUUUUCACUGGUUUAUCUUGCUGUGGAAGCUUGUUUCUCUACCGUUGUGGGUUGCUCUGAUGGCGUUUGGAUGGGGCGUGGCCAGUAUUCUCCAGGCUGCGACAGUGAACUUUGCAGGUAUAGUCGCACUGCGCUGUUUGAUUGGGCUUUUCGAAGCUGGCUUUGCUCCUGGGGUUGCUUUGUUCCUAUCCUUCUUCUAUCGUCGAUCAGAGAUGGGCUUUCGAUAUGGCCUUUUCAUUUCGUUUUCUCCAAUCGCCAACUGUUUUGCCUCUGCACUAGCAUAUGGUAUCGUCCACGCCAAAAGCUCUCUCACCCAGUGGCAACUAUUAUUUAUCAUCGAAGGCAUUCCUACUAUUCUUAUCGCCCCGCUUGCAUUCAUAUUUCUUCCAAAGGGCCCCGGCGAAUGCCGAUUUCUUACCAAGACAGAGAAUGAGAUUGUUCGCCUUCGUGCACUCUCCGCCCGUGGGCACGAAGAAAAGGGCAAAUUGAACAUGAAGCAGGUCUUUGCUGCCUUUUACGACUACAAAAAUUAUUUUCAAGCUGUGAUAGUAUUCUGUCUUAAUGCGGCCUUCGCUGCCCUGCCCGCUUUCCUGACUACUAUUAUUAAGGACAUUGGAUACUCUUCAGUUCAAGCACAGGGUCUUUCUGCGCCCCCAUACCUAGCCUCUUACUUUGUUUGUCUGGCGUCCUCAUUUCUUUCCGAUAAGGUCAAAAAUCGCUCCUAUUUCUUGAGUGCACUUAGUACAGUGGGUGCUGUCGGAUACCUGAUUCAGGCCCUCGUGAAAACAAGUGCUGUGAGAUAUUUUGCUACCUACCUGAUUUGCGGUGGCGUCUUCCCAGCCGUGGCUCUCACCUUCACUUGGGUGACUGACAAUCAAGGCUCUGCCUCCAAACGAGGUGCAGGGCUGAUCAUAUUUGGUAUGGUAGGUCAAACUGGCUCGAUUGCCGGCUCGCGGUUUUUCCCCAAGGAAGAAGGACCAUUCUAUGUCAAGGGAAUGGCUAUUAGUGCUGGACUUUUGUUCUUUGCUGCUAUUCUCGCUCAGGUUUUGAGAAUCUUGCUGUCCAACGAAAACAAACGGCGGGACCAGCUCCACGGCACUGUACAUAGCACUGACAUGUCGAACGAUGUAGCAAAUGCGGGUGAUUUGCAUCCCGGAUACCGCUUCAUGCUUUGA